CCCUAAUUGAUAAUGAGUUAAUUGUUAAAUAUUACUGCGAAUAAGUUGAGAAACGAACUUCCACGAACACAGCUGUGCAAGGGGAAGAUAACUCUGCCAAAAUAAACCAGGCCUAGGAAUAAACAAAGUCAACGAAGACAAGAAAAACUGAACUUUUGACUGCUUGGCCUGAGGGAUAAAAAAAAGUUUAGUCCAAAUAGAGAGCACCAGAUAGACAAAGAAAGUAGAUCUACGCUUAUUUACAGUGUCCCUCAGUGCGUAAGUGGACCUGGGGAUGAAAACAACGAAACAAAUCUUGUACUUAGUAAAAGACUGAUGCGAAAAGACUGACUGAGACUACUGUCUACUUAGCGGCUUAGCGCAAAAGUGUAAAAAGAGAGUGAUGAUGAUCAGCAGAUCACACUUGCGUUGCUUGUCAAUUUCUUGGAAGUCCCUUAUUACAGCGAGGAGAUUUUCCACACUUCUAUUGUCAUCUGGUUCUGAUGUCUCAACUGCUUCAGUUUCUGCAGGCAGACUGAGGGUUCUUGCACCAGGCAGCGGUUAUAAUAAUGACGCAACGACCUGCCAUUUUCACAGUAGCCCUGCCUUCUGCACCGAGCCAAAGCAAAGCCAAAAACAAGUUCAGGACUAUCACAGUAUACUCAGUGAUGAAAACAAAGCCCGGUGUGUGCCCAAACUGACGAGUGAAGUGCCGGUGCGGUCGUGGAACGACUACCACUUGAAGAAGGACCACUCGUACGCUGCCGUGCUGGUACCGCUGUGUACGGUCGAUGGGGAGCCCUCGCUGUUGUUCACGCUCCGCUCGUCCAAACUGAGGAAACAUAGGGGUCAGGUCAGCUUCCCUGGCGGGAAUGCCGACAAGACAGACCGCGACUUUGUCCACACGGCCUUGAGGGAGACAGAGGAAGAGCUGGGCAUCGAUCCUGCCUCCUUCGACGUGUGGGGGCAGCUGAACCACUUGCCGGGCUCUGGUGGCAGGAAGAUCGUGUACCCCAUCCUGGCGAGAACCGGUGAGAUUUCUCUCUCUGACCUCCGAGUGAACCACGACGAAGUGGAGGAAACCUUCGCCGUGUCGCUGCGACAUCUGUGCGACCCCACCCAUUUCGGCACAACACGCUUCCGCAAUGGUGGAGAGUACACGCUUCCUGUGUACACGGGCGCGACACAUCGCAUCUGGGGGCUGACGGCUAUCAUGGUUCACCAAGCCCUCAGCACGAUCGCUCCAGAGUUGUACAAGUUUAAAGUAAGACACUCGCAGAACUUUCACAAGCGCAGCGAGAAACAGUCGCAGUCUAAGAAAAAACAGAAAGUGUCUUCUGGUGCGGAUUCCAAUCAAAAUAAGGCACGUAGUUAAUGAUGGUUUUAAUUUUAGUUUGAAUCGUUGCUAUAAUUGGAUUUUUUUACAUCUGAAGACCACAGGGGAAAAACCAGAUAAAUCACAAAGAGUAAUUUUUGAGUAACUUGGAUUUUUAAAUUGAAAAACGCCGGUCCUAUCCAGUCACACACAAUUCAAAUAAACUAGUGACUUUAUAGCUUAGAUGCACUAUAUAUAGCUGGGAAUAGAAAAGGUUUUUCUUUUUUAAAAUCUCCCGUUGUAGGGCGCUAGAGGCUGUAAGGUAACAGAUGUAAGUUUUUGGAGUUCUCAAGCUUUUCCAUUGGAAAUAGCAAAUCAAAUCAACUUAAAUAGGCCUACUGAUUUUCUGUGCUCAGAAGCUUACAUUGCUGAAAUAAAAGGUACAAAUAGUCGGAGUGUAUCGUGGGAAAGCCAUAGAAUGGAAAAUAAAUCCAUUUACGCACUUUAUAAAAUUCAUAGUUUGAAUCCAUUAAGUUCAGUAGGCACGAUUUUUUGGGGUGUUUUUUUUCAGCCAAUGAGUUAUGGGUUUUGCAGAAUGCUAAGAUAAUUGUUUCAUUGCUAUGAUAUGAACUUAGUUUACUUAGUAUGUGGUUAUGGAUGGCCUUUGGACUGUGAGUUUUUUUGUUUUUUUCGUACUACACGUAGUAAUGAAUGUCAUAGGGUUUGAAUCCACAAAAAAGAA